UCCCAAGACACCCGCUCCCUGCUCCAGCGCCGCCCGCUCGGCCUGCCCCUGCCUGCCGGGAUGGGGGGGGCUCUGCGGCCUUCCCUGCUCUGGCUCCUGCUGGUGUCACAGCCCGUCGGGUGCAGAGAAACGGACGUGGCUGCAAUCGCAGGGGAAUCCGUCCAGUUACAGCCAGUGACGUGGACGGAGUCUUGGGUAAAAAUCUCCUGGGAGGUUACACUGGACUCAGGAGAGACGUAUCGGCUCCUAACAGCUAAUAAAGGGGAAGCCCCUCACCUCCGGUCAGUCCUGCAUUUUACCAGCAGAGUCACUUUCCACCCUGAGAAUCUCUCACUGCAGAUUGAUCCAGUUAACAAGUCAGACAGAGGCCUCUACACCUUGGAAAUAACAGCGGCAGGAGGCCGUGUCGACCGCACCACGUUCCGUGUCUCUGUGUUUGAGCGCGUCCGGCAGCCAAACCUCACGGUGCUCUCGGCCCACACGCAGCACGGCCAGUGCAACCUCACCCUGUCCUGCUCCGUGCCUGGUGCUGACGCAGUCACCUACAGCUGGUCCCACGGCACAUCCCCCAUCCCGCCUGACAGGGACCAGCAGCUCCAUGGGAACCAGUCCCUGCUGCGGCUGGUGAUCGAUGCCGACAGCAACGAGACCUUCUACCGAUGUAACGCCAGUAACCGAGCCAGCUGGGGCGAGAACACUGUAGAGCUCCAAUCGGUGUGCGGCUUCCCAGCCCCAGGAGCCUUCGGAGAGGAGUCGGGGCCCACGAGGCUGAACGGGGCUCAGGGGGAGUCGGUCACUUUCGCUCUUGUGGUUCCAAGGGGAAGCCGGGUUGACAGCGUAGCCUGGAAUGGAAAAUCAAUUAUCGCAAUUGUGACACCAGGAGAACCAGCUCCACUCAGAGUGAUACACACACAUUACAGAGACCGACUGCGGGUCCCUGAUGGGAGCUACUCCUUGCAAGUCACUGACCUGCGCCCUGAGGACACGGGCACGUACACAGCACAGAUAGCCACCCAGGGAUCCCCCGACCCCAUCUUCCGGAGGUUCGCCCUGCGCGUGUACAAACGACUGGCAGAGUCGGACAUCACAGUCACCCCCGUGCUGGGCUCAGUGAACACUGUGAAUGGGACAUGUAGCAUCACCCUGAACUGCACCGUGCAGGGGGCAGGAGAGGACGUGAACUGCACCUGGAACCAGACAGAGGCCGGCACUGUCAUCUCCACGGGGGCGUCCAUUCACAUCUCGCACAGACUGGGAGACGAGGGCGCCUCUGUUACCUGCACGGCCAGGAACCCCGUCAGCAGCAGCUCAAGAUCCGUCUCCCUGCAGGACGUGUGUGCAGGCACUGAUGUCCCAGCGGGGCCAAGCCCUACACUGACCUAUUGCCACGUGAGGGGGAUUCUCCUGCUGGUGGUGCUGGGAGCCCUGGUCACGGCCAGCGUCACGGUGCACGUCCGCACCCGGGACAGAGAGAGACUGGACUGAGCGAGCCCAGUGGCCCAGGCACGGAGCUGUCAGUGCUGC